UCUCCCUUAUAUUUUUGAUUGAAGAUGGCGGCAAACAAGGAAGCGAUUGCCAUUGUGGUAGAUGUGGGGCCCUCUAUGAACCAGGCCCCGGAAGGGGAGACAACCGCUCUACAGACAGCUAUAGAAGCCAUCACGAUGAUUGUCCAGAGGAAGGUAUUUGCGGAAUCUAAAGAUGAGGUAGCAGUGAUCCUGUUUGGGACUGCGGACACUGACAAUCCCCUGGCCAACGACGAGAGUUACGAGAACAUCACUAUCCUCAGACCACUUGGCAUCGCAGACUUUGACCUCCUGAACCUGAUACAGAAUGACAUACAACCAAGCAACAUGUCAGCUGAUUAUUUGGAUGCCCUUGUGGUCGGCAUAGAUCAUCUUGUGAAUGCCACUCAAGGAAAGAAGGGUUUCGGGUUCAAGCGCCUGAUACUGAUGUCUGACCUAGGUGGCGAAUUCGGAGAUGACCAAAUUGAUACCAUCAUCAAUGGGAUAAAAGGAACAGGCACUGAGCUUAAUGUCAUUGGUCCAAGUUUAGACGACGAGGAUGAUAAUGACAGCGAAAAACCGGGGCCAAGCACGAUAUCAAACGGGCAUCGCAAGGAGCGCACCGCCCAGCAGCGAGCAGGAGAGGCGAUGCUGCGUCACAUUCUACAGGAAGUGGACGGCGAGUGUUAUAGUUUCAGUGAGGCUUUGCCGGCCCUAAGUUCUUUCCAAAGUCGACAAAUCAAACAGACAGCGUGGAAAUGUCAGCUAGAAAUAACGUCCGGUAUUCGGAUACCUAUUUGUUCUUACGCAAAGCUGAAAGAUUUCAAGUUGAAGCAGAGCUGGAAAAGGGUGUAUGCCAAGGAGCCCUCAGAGGAGGUGGGCACAUUGAGGACAUACCACAUGAAUGACGAGGAGGAAACAGAGGUGGACCGGGAGGACAUGAUAGAAGGUCAUCGCUAUGGAAACACAUUGGUACCGAUGUCGGAGGAUGACAAGGCUAAUAUGAAAUACAAGGCAGAAAAGUGCUUCAAAAUUCUCGGCUUCACAAAACCUGAAAAUGUAAAGAGAAGCCAUUACCUUGGAGACGGAUCAUCAUUUGUGGUCGCAGACAAAGGAGAUGAAGCAGCAGCAGUGGCCCUUUCGUCGUUGGUCCAGGCGCUGUACGAGACUAACAUGGUAGCGAUAGUGAGGAAGGUUUACAAUGCAGCCUCCGGACCAAAGCUAGGCUGUCUGAUACCACACAUAAAGGCGGACUACGAGUGUUUGCUGUACGUUGAGUUACCUUUUAUGGAAGACGUCCGACAAUUUACAUUUGGUAGCCUUCCUAUCACCAAGGAUAACAUAUCAACAGCAAACAGUAAAUUUGCACCUUCAGAUAAACAGCUUGAUGCUGUUGACAAGCUCAUCACUACAAUGGACCUGUGUCAGUCACAAGGUGAUGAGGAGGAGGAGGACAAAGAUGAAGAGGAAGAACAAACAGAAUAUUUGAAGGCUAAGUCGACCUUUAACCCUCAUUUCCAGAGGCUGUAUCAGUGUCUUCAACAUCGAGGGCUCAAUCCAGAUGAGCCUUUAGCAGAGUUGUCCCCCCUGGUAGCGAAUUACUUGGAGCCGCCACAAGAGAUCCUGUCUCGUUGUGAAGAGCAUCUGGAACGCCUGAAUAAAGUGUUCAAGUUGGAGGUAGUGAAAAAGAAGGAGGAAAAGACUGGGGAAAACCAGUUCAAAGAAAGUGAUGAAGGUGAGGCUGGAAAGGCAAAGAAACCACGCCUUGAUGAUGACCUUGAGGGUGGCAUGGCUGACAUCACAAGGGCAAAGGUCACAGAGGUUGGUACUGUCACUCCUGUCGAGGACUUUGUGGCGUUCAUCAACCAAAAGGACGAGGAUAAGUUUGAAGAAGCGAGCCAGCAGAUGCAGAAGAGGGUAGAACAGAUAGUUCUAGACUCGUUUGGAGCCCAGUUCUACCCUAAAGCUAUGGACUGUCUGCAGGCUCUCCGCAAACACUCCAUCAAGAAAUCGGAGCCGGGGCUUUAUAAUACGUUCAUGAAGAAGUUCAAGGACGUGUUAAUCGCCAAGGGCAGGAGGGACUUCUGGGAACAGGUGGUGGCCGAAAACCAGGGCUUAAUAUCUAAAAUGGAGAGCGAAGAAAGCACAGUAUCUAAUGAGGAGGCAAAACAGUUCGUCAGCGAGGAGGAAGAGAAGGAUGAAGAAGAGGACAAACAGGACGAAGGAGAUGAUGCGGAUGAUCUUCUGGACAUGAUGUAGUGUCCAGUCCUGAUGAGCCUAUCACUGACCAGUCAGAUGACCGUACGUGCUGGUGGAGAGAGAGCACAUUGGCAGCUUGGUGUUUAUCACGACUCUGGAGUCAACCCCGAACGAGUGUGGGGAAAGGAAAACAAACAAUGUUGUUUCCCUAUAAAUCAUCAUUUCAGAGUGUUGUUUUCCUGAGGAGAAUAUUUCCUUACAUGUUGUCAUUACAGGUGUCCUGCUCCAGGGAGAAAGGGAUCAAUUAUAUUUCACUGUGUGUCAACAUAAUAGUUCCAUGUUACUUAGAAGAACAAGAACAGGCAAUGUUUUAAUGUUUCUUAGUGUAGUAAUACCAGAGUGUGAUAGAAUUGUGGCGUUAUUAUAGAAUGUGAAUGUGUGAGGGCAGCAGAUACAUUUGGGGGGUGGGGGUUAUAUCAGAAUCAGUUUGUGUCCUUAGACUGGACUUUUGGAAAGCUCAACUCAUUCAUUGUUCCCUGCACACACAUUUGAACUCUUCCAUUAAAUAUAAAGGUUGAAAUAGUUCAUUGGGAAACUUCAGGGGUAAAUAUUUUCAAACAUUUUCAGGUUUGUAAGUAUGGAUUAUGAGAAGUUCUUUUUACACAACCAAUCCGAUUUUCUAUGUGACGUUUCGAUGACUAGUACGGUAUGUACACUGUCACCUUCAUCAGAUAAAUGACCAAUGAAGCGUAUGCACACAAAGGUUUAAAACUGUACCAGUUGUCCACCAUAUCCAGUUGAUUCGGUCAAGCUGGUCAAGCUGUACAUACGCUUCACCAGUCAUUUGUCUGAUGAAGGAGACAGCGUACAUAGAAAAUCUUAUUGGUUGUGUAAAAGGAACUUCUCAUAAUUCAGGGAUAAAUGAGUUUACCUGAAUCGGUAGCCAGCCAACAGAUCAAGCAAUUCGUUGUCAUUCUUGUAGUGAAGGUUUUCGAUUGACUCUGUGUGUUGUCUGUAGGGACCACUUUUCUCUAUCGUAGUGAACAAUCUCUAAACUCACGUUGUAUAACAGGAGACAGGGACAAGCCUGUAACCAACCUCUUGUGCUUUUGUUGUAUUUUCUAAGCUAGGUAAUGAAAUUUUGAAUUAUGAUAAGAAUGAAUAUUUGUAAACAUGGGGGAUGCUCCAAUCAAGCCCCCUCCCUACGUUUGACCAAUCUUUUUUUUAAGAGGGAGGGAGCUUAUUUUCUGGUCAAAUAUGGUAGAUGAGGGAGAGCCCAAAUAAUCUAAACCUACUGUACCUUGAAACUUAACGAUAUGGAGAGUAGACAUGCUACUGUACCUAAAAAGGGGAGAAAACUGUUCUAUUUGUUAUGUCUCUGUUAAAGCUGUACCAUGUUAUAAUGUCUGUUAUAAGUACUAGAGCUGAAUGACAAUAAAUCCGAGUUAGAUGAGAA